UGUCACAAAGAAGAGAAAAAUAGAGAAUUUUCUUUAUAAAUAAAAAAGUUUCAAAACAUAAGUCCUGUUCCUAUUUGUAAGUAUUCAAAAUGUUUAAAUGGGAAACAGAAAAUCAUAAAAAUGGUCGAUAUCUCUGUAAUUAUACCUGUGUAUAAUGGAGAAAAAUGGAUAACCUCUUGUAUGAAGUCUAUUGCAGAACAAACUAUUUUGGAUUAUAAUUUGAAGAUAGAAAUUGUGGCUUGUAACGAUGGCAGCAAUGAUAACACACCAAUUCUACUUAAGAAGUGGCAGGAGAAUUUUAGCCGGCGUCAAAUAAAUUUUACCAUUUUUAGUUACCAGAAAUCUAAAGGUGUAGGUGCUGCUAAGAAUGCUGCGGUUAAUAACAGUGUGGGCGAAUUUCUGUGCUUCCAAGACAUAGAUGAUUUAAUGCAACGAGACAGAUUACUUUCGCAAUGGAAAGCAGCCUUCUAUAAUCAUAAUGCCCUUGUGGGCAGUAAGAUAUCAAGAACACCUGUGAAUUCAACUCCCCGUCUUACUCGUUGGGUAAAUAGCCUUACUCCGCAACAGCUAAAGUUACAAAUUUAUACAUCCAAUGGACCUACUAUAUUAAUGCCAACAUGGUUUUGCCAUAGAAGUGUGUUUGACAAAGUAGGGGGUUUUGAUGAAACAGGUCAUGGAACACCUGAAGAUCUAAUUUUUUUCUAUAAACAUUUAGACUUGAAUGGUGAUAUAAUAAGAGUUGAUGAGGAAUUGUUAAUAUAUACUUAUCACAGAGAAGCCACUACAUUUUCUGUAAAACGAGAUCACAUUUGGAGAAUACAAUUACGCAGACUUGAAAAUAUUAUCUUUCCUGAAUGGGAUAAGUUUAUUAUCUGGAAUGCAGGAAAAGCAGGGAGAAGAGUAGUUCGCGCCUUAAGUCAGAGUAGUUUAGAGAAGGUUACUGCUUUUUGUGAUGUUGACAAAAAGAAAGUAGGUCGUUUGAUUGAAUUGUAUUGUCCUGUUGAACGCAAAGUUAUCAAAAAGGUACCAGUUAUUCACUUCAAUGAAGCAGUUCCUCCAUUGCUAAUAUGUGUUAAGUUUGAUCUUACUAAUGGACAGUUUGAAAAUAAUCUCAAAUCUAUGAAUCUCAGUGAAGGUCGAGACUAUAUUCUAUUUAACUAAGUAAUUGUUUGUUAACUAAAAUUUUUUGAAUUUUUACAUAUUUAUGACAAAUAGAAUAAAAAAAUAUUGAUACAAUUUAUGGAUACUGAGUGAGUAAUCAGGUUGUUUUUCUUGUGAUACCUUUGAAAUAAGCGGCAAUAAACUAAGUUCAAAGCAAUUUAUUUGACGUCAACCAAUGUUGUGAAACCAAAAGUUAAGACAGUUUAAAAGGGAUGUUGAAAUGUCCCAUAAUGAAAAAAAAAGUUUUGAAUUUGAAUACAGACCGUGUU